AUGACGACCGCCACCUUCCAUUGGGCUGUCAAAAGGAUGGGCCCCUACAUCGUCAGCCUACGCCUAUCGGAUCGAGCGGUGACCGGAAACCUUAGCCCUCAGGCACUUGCCAUCGCUGUAAGGGGGUGCCCCUUCUUAACAAACGUUGAUUUAUCCGGGGCAACGGUCCGUCCUCCCGCGAUACGCGACCUAAUUCCGAUAGCCACAAACUUGCGAAAGAUUUCUUUGGGACCCUAUCAUGGCCAUUUGGACCCUGAGUUGACGGGAUUGCUUGGAGCGGCGACGCAGCUCCUGGACUUCGGGGCGAAAGCAACGGAGUUCCAGGGGAAGUCGUUGUUUCAAGUGACCCCGGCACUCAGGACCUUGCGGCUCUGCCAGUGUCCGUCGGUGCUUCCAGCGCCGUUAGCUGCUGCGUUUGGUCGAUUAAGCGCUCUCGCCGGUCUCGAGCUCUCCCACUGUGACGGACUAACAUCAGAAGAGCCACUUCAUCAGCUCGUAGCAAAUCAGGCCCUCCACAACACCUUGGAGGACCUAAAAAUUAUUGGGAUAAGCUUCGAUCCUGUUAUGUUAGAUCCGGAGUUAGAAGAUAUUGAGGUGCCGGAAGAUCUACAGGCACCAUACGUAGAGCUGAACAUAGGACCAGCGGACGCGGGAACUUCGCUAGCGGAAGCGUUCACUCGUCUCCACACCCUGCAUUUACGUUUCUGCGGUUGGGUGUCGAAUUCCCUACUAAUACAAAUUGGGGAACAUUUGAAGGAGCUUGAGCAAUUGGAUCUCUCGGGCUGUUCUAACAUACGCGGGCAGUUCGCCCUGGAAGAACUGCCGACACUACCUAAACUGAGGGAAAUACAUUUGUGCAAUCUGCACCCUUCAGUGGGCAUUCAACCCCUAGGAUCAAUAAGGACUUUACAGGAGGUCCAGUGUAGGGACUCCUCUGGAAUAACGGACGAGGACGUAUGCCAGGUGGUCAGGGGUUGCCCAGCUCUGGUGCGCCUCAACAUCGAAGGCUGCCAAGGGGUGACGCAGCAAACCGUCGUGGGAGUCACAGAGAUAGUACGCCGAGAAGGGAGAUCCGCAGUGUUGAGCUUGUGGGUGGGCGAAACGGGCGCUAAUCGCUUCGCGAGGGUCCGACAAUCCCUGUUGCUUCGGGUCUUUUUCGAUCGGGCGUAUCAGCCUAUUUUAGCGUAG